AUGGUCCUCGUCCUCUGCAUCGGCGACCUGCACGUCCCGUCGCGCGUCGCGUCGCUCCCGGCCAAGUUCCGAUCCCUGCUCGUCCCGGGAAAGAUCCAGCACGUCCUGUGCACGGGCGACCUGUGCGACAGAGAGACGUACGACUACCUGCGCGCGAUAUGCCACGACGUCGUCGUCGUCAAGGGCGCGCGCGACGACGAGAGCGCGGCGUCGCGCCCGGAGCGCAUCGUCACGGUCGUGGGCGACUUUAAGGCGCGUUCUGUUGUACACUGGUCCCCGUACGACCGCGUUGGCGUGGGUCCCUCGCUUUCAAUCCCCGCCCACGACGCCUUUCAACUCCAUCUGACGCCUUUGAACUCCACCCCGAUAUCAUCGCUCGUAUGGAACGGCCCUAAGAUCGGACUCACGCACGGACACCAGCUCAUCCCGUGGGGGGACGUCGACGCGCUCGCGCACUGCGCGCGGGAGAUGUGCGUGGACAUCCUGGUCACCGGGCACACGCACCAGUUCAAGGCGCACGAGCACGAGGGGCGGCUGUUGAUCAACCCAGGGAGCGCGACGGGCGCGCCGGGGGGGGGCGCGGAGGCGCGUUCAUAUUCUAUUUCCACACCGGUCCCCAUACGACCGCGUUCGCGUUGUGAACUUCAUUCCUUAAGGACUUUCUCUCCCGGCGCAUCUCUCCGCCAAUCACCCCUCGCUUUCGAUCCCGACGACACACCUCGACGCCUUUCAACUCCGCCUCUGACGCCUUUCAACUCCACCCCGACAUCAUCGCUCGCACGGACCGUCGACCCUCGUCAGCCGGGGCGAGACGCGCGGCCGUCGUUCGUGCUCAUGGACGUGGACGGGAGCCGAGUCACGGCGUACGUGUACGAGCUGGUGGGGGACGAGGUGAGGGUGGAUAAGAUUCAGCAUUCGAAGGCGUGA